AAACACAUGGUAACUCAACUCCAAAUCUAAAAAAGAUUGCUAUGAGGAUACUUUCAUUGACUACUAGUUCGUCGGGAUGUGAAAGAAAUUGGAGCAUGUUUGAGGGGGUACAUACAAAAAAGAGAAAUAGACUCAUGGCGAGUAAAAUGAAUGAUCUUGUUUUUGUACAAUUUAAUUCUAAUUUGAUGGAGAAAAACAAGAAAAGAAGGUUGAGAAAUCGUGAAUCACUUAAAGCCGAUGAUGACAGUGAGGCUAAAGAAUGGAUUGUUGAUGUAGAUGAUGAAGAAGAAGAAGAAGAAGUUGAGCCGGGGCAAACUUCAAAGGCAGUUGAUGAUGACACGGGUGUUAAUGAAAUAUCAGGUAAUCGAAAAAGUGCUAGGAUAAGUGCUAAGAAAAGUGGAUCGAGACAACUUUAUGACGAAGAUUUUAUAUCAGAUGAGGAAGUAGAUGAGGAGGUUGAAUAUGAGUCGGAUGGUGUUGAAAUCAUUGAGCACUACGGGGAAGACGAUGAGGAUCUUGGAAAUAUUUGAUCUUUAAAAAUGUUUGAACUAAUAUGUUAAUGUUUGAAUGU